AUGUACGAAGAUUCAUGGUACAACUUCGUACCAGAUCAUACUCACAAGAGGACCCCUUCUAUCCCACAGACCUCAGGACAUAGAAGAAGGGAGUCGCUUCUUCAACAGCCCAAUGGAAAUAAGCUGUCCGAUGCUGUAGAGCCGCUAGAAGAAUUAUUUGAAGAAGCCGAGGCAAUAAUUGAACCCCCCGAAGCAACCUUAAGUCGAAGGGCAAAGUCUUACUCUGAUUUCUACCAUGUCGUUCGUGCGCAACUCUCUAAGGAUGCUGCUGCAAAGAAGAGGCGCAAGAAGGCCAAAGAGAUGGGUUUAGAAGCGUUGAUGGUUGAGAGGGUUGAAAAGGUUGUCCGAAAACAAGAACCAACCCAAUUGAGAUCUUCCGAUGACGAAUUGAUCGAGGCUAGCCAGCAGGAAUACUUGCUUUAUCAAGAUCAGCUAGAGAUGACUGGACGUCACCUAGACACGCUUAUUGGCGAUACCAACAGUGCUCUGGAUCUGCUAACAUCUUUGGCCGUUUCAUUUCGUGCUGUCGAGUCGCAGACGUCCUCUUUCCAGGCCCAGUGCGACGAUCUCAUAUCAGAAGAGAGAAGAUUGCAAAAACUUGCCGACGGGGUUGGAACUGACUUACAUUAUUAUGCAUAUCUAGAUGGCGUUACAAGGAGGCUGAAUGCUCCUGGUGCUAGUCGUCUAGUGAACCACGAAAGCUUUGGCGAAAUCCUAACGAAUCUGGAUGCUUGCAUAACAUUCAUGGUAGAGCAUCCUGACUACCGGGAUGCCGAGUCCUAUCUGGCCAGAUAUCAGUCUCUACUCACUAAAGCUCUUCAUUUACUCGAAGUUGGGUUUACAGGCCAUCUUGAUCGAAUCUCAUCGGACAUAUCAAAGCAAAUUUCUGCUACACAAUCCGAAUCUGCUAGACAUGCGCUCGCAUAUGGUCGAUUUGAGGAGAUGGUACUGGAAGUAGAUGGGUUAGUGGCGAAUGCCCAACGCGUUGUUCGUAGUUGCUAUGAUCAACUGGGAAACCCAACCCUUGGGCAGAGCUUUGAUUAUUAUUCCAAUACUGCCGUCAACAUCUUUUCGUCUUACGCAGACGUGAGAGAUCGUGAUCUCCGUCCCAUGACUCAACAUGACCUUGAGGCAUUUAGAAAAGAGGUCAAGGAAGUCAACGCAGAAACCGCAUGUCGCAACUUUGUUAAGCAAUGCUAUGAGCGAUCAUAUGAUGAAGCAAAUCUUUUCUCCAAGAUCUUCUCCAUAGAGCCACAGUACAACGUGGACCCUCAGUCCGCCUACGUAGCUUUAAAGUCCCAACAAAAAUCAUUAGUCAGUGCCGCAAACAUUGCCCCAAUCGCAACGACGUUGCAGUCUGUUUUACAAACAAGCGAGCUCCAAUCGGUUUGUAACCUUGUGGGAUGGAUCACAAACGAGUACCUUCUAUCGGAAUACGACGAAGAAGAGACUCGAUACUCCGUUCACUGCCACGACCUCACUGCUCGACUGCUCAUCGAACAUCUCUGGCCCUUGACCGACACUGCUUUCGAAGCCGAGGUUACGAAAUCCAUCUCAAAAGCCCCCAUUCCCCAAGAUUCUCUUAGGAUAACGCCCGUCGUAAAUGGCGUUGCGUCUUCUAAUGUACAUCCCAUUACGAAACGGGCCCUUGAGCUCCUGGCUAUGUAUGACCAAGCCAUGCCGAAGGAGCGAAGCUCCAGCUUAGUUGUCUUCCGAAUAAUUCACGAGACUAUUCUUGCCAUGCAGCGUGCCGAAUCUCGGUUAAAGUCUAACAAGGCAGCUAAUCCAGAGCCAGAUCCUGAUCUAUUCAUGAUCAAGAAUCUACUCAUCCUUAAGAACGGACUGGUGUCACUCGAGAUAGGCGACGUUAGAUCUUACCCAGCAGCGAUGCAGCACUUUGGCCAAAUAUGGGAUGCUCUCAGCCCUCAAAACUGGAUGGGCCUAUUCAGAGGUAUUCUUGGCGGUUCCCUAUCACUCGGCCUCUGGUCAUCUGCGGUUAGCGCCUCCCCUACUGCGAAUGGCAAGGCCGCACCAGCCAGAAAUCAGGUUCAGCCCGAGCAAGAUGCGAACGAGAAGUUGGACGAACUACUGCGACAGAGCAUCUACGCUUUUACACAGCGGUGGGGAACAUUGAUAAGCGCGGCUGGGGGCGGUAAACGCGGCGCUAAGAGCCUGGAGGCCACAGAGAAGGAGCUUGAUGAAAAGCUCUUGACUGCGUUUGGUGGUCAGCCUGAAGUUGUAGCCAAGUUGCAGGAAGCUAUCCAGAUAAAUGCACAAGCCCAGAAUGAACUGAAGGCGGAAAAGGGUGUGCGAUAG